UCAACAUUCUCUCAAAUAGAUCACGCAAACUUAACAGGCUUAGCACCAUGACUAUGAAGAAUAUAACCUACGCCACCAUUCUUCUAAUGGUUUACGCGGUGGCUGCAACCGUCAACGUGGUGGCUGAGCUUCAACGAUUCGAGCACUUGCCGACGAAAGCCGAUGGAUCUCUUGACAUUUUGGUGAUCGGUGACUGGGGAAGGAGAGGAUUAUAUAACCAAUCUUAUGUUGCUUUUCAGAUGGGGAAAGUAGGAGAAAAAAUAGAUGCGGACUUCAUUGUAUCAACCGGAGACAACUUUUACGAGGAUGGAUUAGUUAACGACCAAGAUUCGUUAUUCGAUGAGUCGUUUACUCAAGUAUAUACCGUAACGAGCUUGCAGAAACAAUGGUACUCUGUGUUGGGAAAUCAUGAUUAUAGGGGCAAUGUCUCGGCACAAUUGAGUCCUACCCUUACACACAAAGAUAGCAAAUGGCUGUGUCUUAGAUCAUUUAUUGUAAAUUCAGGAAUUGUGGAAUUUUUCUUCGUUGAUACAACACCUUUUCAAGAUAAAUAUUUCACGGAAGAAGAGCAUACAUAUGAUUGGAGCGGCAUACUUCCUAGGGAAGAAUAUUUAUCAAAUGUUUUAAAGGAGGUUGAUAUGGCACUCGAAGAAUCAAAUGCCACAUGGAAAAUCGUGAUUGGCCACCAUACAAUUUUCAGUGCUGGUUCUCAUGGAAACACCCAAGAGCUUGUCGAUCAACUUUUACCUAUCCUUGAGGCAAAGGAUGUGGAUCUCUACAUAAACGGGCAUGAUCAUUGCUUACAACACAUCAGUAGUCAAAACAGUCAACUUCAGUUUCUAACAAGCGGAGGCGGGUCAAAGGCAUGGCGAGGUGAGGUCAACCAAUGGGACCCGAAAGAAAUGAAGUUCUAUUACGAUGGCCAGGGUUUCAUGACACUUCGUGUAACCGAUAAUGAAAUAAGUGUGGCUUUCUAUAAUGUGUUUGGUGAAAUCAUCCAUAGUUGGAGGACCUCUAAGUACACACACAUGGACUCAUAGGCAGUGAAAUAUCUGUAUAGGUUACAUAAUUAUUUCUUUGAGUGGAUGUAAUGGACUGAUGGUGCUAUUGUAUGACAGAUGGAUACAUUGAUGUUAUAAUAGCUACAAAUGAUGUUAGUGCAUACAGAACACAAAAUGUCAGCUCAGACAAAUGAAUCCAUGAAAUAUAUCCUGUCUA